CGCGUAUAUAAGCGAUGCAAAUUACCGAGUACGGCAUAACCGACUACCCUACCGUCCCGGCCGCAUACAAACCACUCCAAAAUGAAGUACCACAUUUUCUUGGGAUUCCUAGCCGUUGCGGCAGCGUACCCCGGCAUUGUCCACGAGCAUCACGAGGCUCCCCAGCUGGAAGAGAAGUAUGACCACGCGCUCAUCGGCGAGUCAGGCCACCACCACCACAUCCAACAUGAGCACGCCAAGUCCCACCAGUCCAUCAAGUUCGAGCACUUCCACCCAGUCCCUGUGUACGUGAAGAAGGAACAUCAGCAUCUGCUUGAACACCCGCUGGAGAAAGGCAAGUCUGAACAGAACCUGAAGCUGAUCCACCCUGAGACUGAGCAUAGUCAUGGUGGCGGUCUCGUGCUCGAAGACCACAGGCUCGACACUGAGCAUCUCGCCCACGCCCACGGCCUUGAGCACCACGGAGGCUUCGAGCAUGGAGGUUUCGAGCAAGGUGGCCUCGAGCAUUACGGAGGAGGAUUCGAGGGCUACGAAGGCGGAGAAGGGCUCAAAGGAUACGCUGAGUUCCAGCCCUCUCACGGCUACGUGGCCGAGCAAGGCCAUGGCCUCUCUGGCUACAGCGAGGAGUCCUACAAACACGGCGGUUACUAAGCACUCCUGGGCCCGAUCCUGACGUGGACAACCACUAGGGGAAUGGGCUAACUCUUGCCUGUUGAUAUUAGUUUAACCGUACAUUUAUUUUGCGCAGGAAAUUUUAAAGAUGCAGUUUUCUGGAAGCUUACAGAUGAGAGUUGGUUAUGAAUGUAAAGUUUCUUGCGCAACUUAAAUGUCUGUAACUAGACCUAAGUGCCUGAUUGUCAAGACUCAUAAGCUUAAGUUCGGGAAGUGCUCUAUUUUAAUGUACCUGAUGUAGACUUAGAAAUUGUUUUCUCAACGAAUUAUGUUGAAACGUAACGCGUUGCGUUGCGAUUUUAUUACGAAAUUGUAAAGCGGUGUGUGGCGUAGUAAGUGUGU